AUGGCGUCCGAAAAGAAAUUGUCGAAUCCGAUGCGAGAAAUCAAAGUUCAGAAACUCGUCCUCAACAUCUCCGUCGGCGAGAGCGGUGAUCGUCUCACUCGCGCUGCCAAGGUCCUCGAACAACUUAGUGGUCAAACCCCUGUUUUCUCCAAAGCAAGGUACACUGUGCGAUCCUUUGGGAUUAGAAGAAACGAGAAGAUCGCGUGCUAUGUGACUGUGAGAGGCGACAAGGCGAUGCAGCUUUUGGAAAGUGGUUUGAAGGUGAAGGAGUACGAGCUGCUGAGAAGAAAUUUCAGCGACACUGGCUGUUUCGGCUUCGGCAUUCAGGAGCACAUUGAUUUGGGAAUCAAGUACGAUCCUUCUACUGGUAUUUAUGGAAUGGAUUUCUUUGUUGUUCUGGAGCGCCCUGGGUACCGUGUGGGACGACGUCGUCGUUGCAAGUCUCGUGUUGGAAUCCAGCACCGUGUGACGAAGGAGGAUGCCAUGAAGUGGUUCCAAGUUAAAUAUGAAGGUGUCAUCCUAAACAAGUCCCAGGCAAUUGUUUAG